AUGAGGCACUGUGGGUCAAAACCCACAGAGUGGCUCCAACCGCACUGUGGGUUAGAAACCACAAAGCAGCUCCGGUCACACUGUGGGUCGCGACCCACAGGGGCGGCUUUGGCCGCCACAAUGGGGUACUGUGGGGCACCCUACCUUGCUAUAGGCUACCGCCGCUGUCAGAGUGGGCCCUAUCGACGCCCUUUGGCCCCCGCCAGCCCUGCUGCCGCAGCUACUCCCCGGCCCCGCUUGCGACACUUCUCCCCACCGCAGCACCCCUGUCCUCGCAAGCCCCCACCACCGCAGCAACCCACCAGCCACCGCUCCCCGACUCCCACUGCUGCAGUUUCCCACCGGCCUCCCUACUGCCGACCGCCACAACGUGCCGCGUCGCCCACCAGAAACCCUCCGCUUGACCGCCGCUUUCCCUAUGCCUGUCGCUCAGCCUCUCCCUACACCGCCGCCGCCCACCACCUAGCCACCAGCGUUCCACCUGCUAGCCACCGGAGCGCUGCCCACUAG